UCCAUAGUUCCUAAAACACAACAUAAAAAUCCCUCCACAUAUACACACAUAUAUACAUAUAUAUUCUCUCAUAUAUUCGCAUACCCGCUCGCGUAUUAUCUCAUCGAGCUUCUGCUUCUGAACUGAGAAACCAAACCAUGGUGGUAUUGUCGCAGCCAGUGGCGUUGGACAACCAUGUCUCUGUAAUACCGACAUGCAAACCGGAUCCGGUUAAGGAUCGAAUUCCCGUGGUGGACCUAACCGACCCGGAAGCUAAGACCCGGAUCGUGGAAGCGUGUGAGGAAUCCGGGUUCUUCAAGGUGGUGAACCAUGGGGUUCGACCCGAACUCAUGACCCGGUUGGAGCACGAAGCGGUCAGAUUCUUUGCUCUACCUCAGUCUCUGAAGGAAAAAGCGGACGUUAGGUGCUGAUAGGGUCCACCCGACCCGUUCGGGUACGGUAGCAAACGGAUCGGACCCAACGGUGACGUUGGGUGGAUUGAGUAUAUUCUCCUCAAUGCUAAUUCCCAAGUCACCUCUCUCAACACCCAUGCCGUUUUCCGUCAAAGUCCUCGGAUUUUCCGAGCUGCCAUGGAGGAGUACAUGUCGGCGGUGAAAGAAGUUGCGUUCCAGGUGCUGGAAAAAAUGGCGGAGGGGCUGGGGGUGGAGCCGCGUGACAGGCUGAGCAAGCUCGUCAAGGACGAGAAGAGCGACUCGUGCCUGAGGCUGAACCAUUAUCCGGCGGCAGAGGCGGAGGCGGAGGCGGAAGGACGGCGGAGGGAGGUGGUAGGGUUCGGAGAACACACAGAUCCACAGAUAAUAUCAGUGCUGAGAUCAAACGACACGGAGGGUCUUCAGAUUUGUCUGAAAGACGGCAAAUGGGUCGCUGUCCCUCCUGAUCACUCCUCUUUCUUCGUCAAUGUCGGAGAUGCCCUUCAGGUGAUGACUAACGGGAGGUUCAAAAGCGUGAAACACAGGGUGGUGGCGGACACAAGUAGGUCGAGGGUGUCGAUGAUAUACUUCGGAGGGCCACCUUUGGCGGAAAAGAUCGUACCUUUGCAAUGUCUCGUGCCCAAACAAGAGGACUGUCUCUACAACGAGUUCACGUGGUCUCAGUACAAAUUCUCCGCUUACAAGACUAGACUCGGUGACUAUAGACUCAGUCUCUUUGAGAAAAAACCCGUCGUCCAAAUAUGAGUCAUGGUGAUGGUGACCCUUUGCUAUAUAUGUUUGAUUCCAACCUUAAUAUUAAAAAGAAAUAAGUAAUGGGUUUUCAUUAGGGCAAAAAGCAUUAGGGUUUGCUUAGAGUUUGACUCUCUACACAGUCUCUGUUUUGCCUUUACAUAUAAAAUUACUACUACAUAGGAGUUUUGUUCUUUCUUAAUCUCUCUAUGUUUUCAUUUUUGCUCUUUGUUUGUGCUUUGGUGUGUAUCAAAUCAAUGUAUGAUCUCGCUUUGUAUUAUGUCACCAGUA